UUGCCAGAGUGAAAGCAGACAACUCGGCUUCUAAUCUCUUUCACUAGACAGCCCAUGGAGUCUGCUGCAGUCGAACGGAGAUCCACUGUGGUCGGCGGCCUCCUAGGUGUCACAGGGUCUAUCACCUGGGACGGGGACGAGACGAAAGAUGCAGAGGUGAUCAAUGGUAUCAGGCCCAAAUCCUCCCCUCUUCCACGGAGAAGGAGCGACAGUGACUUAAAUGAGUUUGAGCUCGAGUUGACACCGUGCAGGUCUCGGAGGGUGUCCUUCGCAGAUGCCCUCGGCCAAAACCUGGUGAAAGUGAAAGAGUUUGACUCAUGGGAUGUAACCACGCCAAUGAGCUUGGACACGCUGGAGGGAGAGAAAGAGGUGGACGAAUACUAUUUGUCCUCAUUAUAUACCCCCCCACUGUCCGAAGAAGCCCUGGUCCGGCGGGUUCGGGAGCAGAAGCUGGAGUUGGAGAGCGCCGAGUUACUCCGGGGGACCACAACACUGAGGGGGGUGAUCCGUGUUCUCAACGUCUCCUUCCAUAAGACGGUGUACAUCCGGACCACUCUGGACGCCUGGGCCACACACUUUGACCUGCUGGCGGAACACAUGCCAGGGUCCAGUGACGGACACACGGACCGCUUCUCGUUCAAGCUCACCCUGGUACCCCCGUUUGGGGAAUGUGGAGCCAGAGUGGACUUCUGUCUCCGAUAUGAGACACCUGUUGGGACCUUCUGGGCCAACAACAGCGGCCAAAACUAUGUGAUGUUUUAUCACCAAAAGAACAGAGAGUUGGAAGCGAAAGCACAGAAACACAAGAAUGGACGCAGGAAAAGCAUACUAAAAGCUAUCGGUCAGGAGUUACCAUGUGAAAAAAAUUGGUCACCAAACAAUGCUGAAUCUUCAGAUGUACCCUAUCAUGAGAAAGAGAUGGCUAGUGUGAACCUCUCUGAGACAAAAACAGGAACCUCUCAAGAUUAUCCUCACAAACCCCUGGCUGAGAGCGACUUCAGUGGAAGAAAGCAACGAAAAGUAGCAAAAUUGACGCAGGUCCGGGACUACUUCACCCAAAGAGGUAAUGAGGCACAAGAGAAAGAGAAAGGAACAAAUAUACCACAGGAACAUCCUCCAAAUAUACCACAGGAACAACCUCCAAAUAUACCACAGGAACAACCUCCAAAUAUACCACAGGAACAACCUCCAAAUAUACCACAGGAACAACCUCCAAAUAUACAGCAGGAACAACCUCCAAAUAUACCGCAGGAACAACCUCCAAAUAUACCGCAGGAACAACCUCCAAAUAUACCACAGGAACAACCUCCAAAUAUACCACAGGAACAACCUCCAAAUAUACCACAGGAACAACCUCCAAAUAUACCACAGGAACAACCCUUGCCACCACAGCGCAGGAAAAGAGCUGGGCUGCAGGUGACUCCUGAUUCCCUAGCUACGUACAACAAACCGUGUUCUGGUGUCCAGGACAGUCUUUCUGGGGAGGAGUCAGGGAAGCCUGAGAAUAUUGACUCAACCAUAAGCUCAGCCCUAUCAGAGUUGAAUGUGAAGCAGGCCUCACCAAUCCACAGAUGUCGGUCAGAUUCAACUGAUCAAGUCACUGCUCUUAGACUAACUGAUAAUAUGUCUGUUUUCCAAGUAGAGGAAACUGCUCAGAUGCAUUUGGAAAUGGAAAAGCGUAGACCUGUCUUUAGUAUAGAUGGAACACAUUCACAUAACACUGUCAGCUAUACUUUUGAAAAUGUUGUGGCCCCAUUAUACCAUCAGGCAUUUGGUGGAGUGGAGAAUGAUAAUCAGACAGUAACCAAUGGUGUGAAUCAAAUUAGGAUGAGAUUGCAUGUAGGGCAUCCAACAGCUCAGAGAACCCAGAGUUAUCCAUCCGCAGAAGAAGUGGAAACUCACUCCUGUGUUUCAGCUGGUACUUGGGAAACACCUAAAGAGAAGCCUAUGGAUCAACCUGAAUUAUUCUUAGAACAUCUCCCCUCUGGAUUAAGUGAAGAAGAGUCUGAGCCUGAACCACUGUUAGAACAGGCAAGAGGCCUUUCCAGGACUCACUUUCCCAUGAACACUAAUGCUGCUGUUCUCACCGUCUCCAGUGAGGACUCAGAACUCCAGGGGUCACAAGAGAACAUGUGGUCUUCACAAAACCAAAUUUGUCAGGACAACAAGAUUUUACAAACUCUGAUAGUCGCAACAAAAGGCGAGCUUCCAAAGUCACACACUGAAAUGGGGUUGAAGCUGAUCCCUGCUAAGAUGACUUUGCCGAGUGCUAGCGAAGGAUAUGAAAAACCUGCGGAGUCAGGCAAAAUGAUGUACUCAGCCAAUGCGGAUGAGUGGUCAACAGGCAUUAAAUUAGUUGCUGAUGCUGAUCUCAAAGUAUUUAAUUCAGCGACAGAGGCGGAUGAGAAGAUCACAACUAACCACCAAAACAUUGCUGUGCCCAGUUCAGACAAACUGGAGGACACCACUGAGACAACUUUGAAGGAGGAUCCCAAUGUCAUAAAGAAAUGGACAUUGUUGGAGAAAUCUGUGAUAAGAAAACCAACAGAUCAAGUUGAAGAUGAACUGUCAUUUGAAGUGUCAAGCACCGUUUUUAAUGAACCCAAGAGAUAUUGUAUUGACAAUGAAGAGAGCGAGGCAGUUAGAGAGAUGACAAACGAUGAUCCCGAUAAAUACGCUGACAAGGUCUCAAACUCCACAGAUAAUAUUCCUAAAGAUGAACUAAUAAGGAACAAUGAAGAUAAUUUAAUUUAUACUGAGAAUGAGAUAGAGGCAAGAGAUGGACAGCAAAUGCUAAAGAAAAAUAACAUUGAAAAAGACUGGAGGGAAAAUGUGCAAGAGGAGGAGGAGAUGAUGGUCGGGGAGUUUCAGGAGAAAGAGAUGGCGGAGGAGAAGGUGAAAGAACAACAGAGGGAGGAGCUUGAGGAGGAUGUUACAUGGCGAUUAAGGGAGGAGGUGGUGGUGGAAGAAAGCAAAAAAGCUGAGACUAAUGUAGAGGUACAGGAAAUUGUAGUAGAUUAUCAAAAUGAACUGUUAGACAAGUUAUGCAUGCAAAUGGACAUUGAGCAUGAAGAUGAAGGUGGUCUGAGCACAAAAGUAAAUGUCUUAGAAAUCAAAAAAUCUGACACAGAAAAAUAUACAUUAAAGGCCAGUGACGUGUUUAAUCCAUGCCAUAAUUACAUUAUCACUGACGUAACUCAUCAUGGAGAUACAGAAAUGGAUUCCAAUAAUGGAGACAUGGAGUCUGGCAUUCAAACAGAUCAGUGUGCCAUUGACAAAGAGGGUGAGGGUGAAGAAGACAACACGUCCACAGAUUCCUUGUCAGAUGAAGAGAUGGAGCUGUACAUGUGCAGUCUGAGGGCGGCACAGAGACAAGAAAGUAAGGACAUAGCCUUGGGUAUUGGGAAGCGGCCCUCGAUAGGUAGAAGGGGCAGCAGGCCGUCCAUGCCAUCCAUCAGUGAGUCUGGUGAUGAGGACCUCCUGAGUAACCAGGAUUAUCUGCCAGACAAAGAGAAAGUUGAGUGUCUGCCAACAAGAACAUUGCCCCUAAUGGCAGGAGAGCAGGAUCCAACCAGGGCCAAUGUUAUGUGGUUGAAAGAGAAAUGUUCUUGGCAUAAUAUCUCAAGAGGACUGGUAUACACUAUCUUGUUGGUGGUGUUCUUUUUAGUUGCUUACCAUUAUGACUUUCUGGCCUGUUUAGGUCUUUAUUUGUUGUCUGUGAUCUGGCUGUUCUGUCAGGGACAGAAAGAGCCAAUGACAGAAAAUAAUUAGUUUAAGGCCUGUGAAUAUAUUAUUCAGUGUUUAAAAAGUGCUCCACAAUAAAGUUUUAUUAUUUGUCUUUAUUCCUUUUAUGAUUGUAUUGUAGAUACAAAAGGAUACCAUUAUAAUUUUUUACACGUUUGUUAA